GUCCCACGCGGAUCUUCGCGCGCGUCUGCUCCGUCUGUCGAGUGUCAAUCGCGAAUCGCGGUCUUUGUCCGUAGUGCCAACGCGUAUACACGGGGCCCUUUCGUCGUUUGUUCACGAUGCCAUCGUACGCCGUUACGACGUCGUACGUUCUCCGCUCGGAUCGAGUGUGCACGCGAGAUGUCACGGUGCGCCAGGAGGAUAUCUCGAGAUGCCGCCGUCGCCCGCGCGUGUGCCACCAACGAACCGCCACGAGAGAGAGAAAGAGAGGCGAGCAGAAGAGGCGCGACAGACGAAGAGAGAAAACACACUCGCGCGGCCAUUUUAACUGCGCCGUACGCUAACCCGGGCCACCCAGUGUGUAGUACGAGAGACCAGAGAACCGCCGUCGCUCUUUCCUCGAGGCUUAAACUGCGUCUCUCGCGUGUGCGCGCUUUGCUUCUGCGCACGCGACUCUUCGUACAUGUUUUCUCGCAAACGUGCGUGUUCGUGCGUGCGUGAGCAAGCGGGUUCGUCGCGUGUAUUUACUGCGCAUACUUUCACGGUUUCCCACGUAGCGUGGCGUGCGUGCGGUGUGGUGCCGUCUUUCGUUACGCUCGAUCGUAGACCCAGACAGAAUUGACAGCACGAACGGAAUGGAUCGUCGACGGUGUGACACGGGGAAGAAGGCACGCGAAACGAAACGGCCGAACGCGGAACGUGUCCCGCUCGACCGAUAUGUUUGCUUGUUUUCACGACGGGAAGCGCGGCGAUCGGGUCGGGAUCCGUGAGAAUCGUGGAAACCCGCGAGGGAAACACUACACCGCGGAAUCCCUUGCGAAAGCAAUCAUGGGAACCACAACAAAGAAACGGGUCAGUCCUGGCGUAUCGAAAAUUUGUUCAGCCGGUAACAACGGACUUGACAGCGACAGGGGUUACCCUACGAUAACCCGUACGGUAGGAACGGAACGCUAUGGAUGAAAUUGGAAGUGCGCGAAAGCAAAAGAAAUACACACGCAGAGAUACACGUACGCAUAACCCGCCGAAACUGGGGAAUUAUCGGAAACGGAUCGAGUGACGAGCAAGAAAUGUGCGAGACACGCGAAAUAGAGAACCACGAGCUAGACACAGCCACGGGAACGAGGAAAAGGAUCGAAAACUUGUUGACCUCUGGCCAGUCAAGGACGCGGCAUUCCAGGAUGGCAAGGUCGGCCAAUGGAAUGGAGUUUUCCUCGAUAGACGAGACGCGAAAUGUAUCGAUCCUCGAAUACAUCAGGAAUGAAGAACACGAGCAUGGAAUGGGAAAUAUUCGAGCCUUAACCAAACAUCCAGCACGAAUUCACGAGAUAAACGAAGAUAAAUUUGCAACCAAUCCUAAAGUCAUAGCAGAUGUUUCUACCAUCCUUAAUGCAAACAUCUCCGAUGAUUACGCUAACCAUCUUGGGAGCACCCUGGAAGAUAACACUAGACUCUUACUAAAUAAAGAAACGAUUAUGGAGGGACUAAACGAUGCAAUAGAGAAAACAAAGGAUUCUUUUCGAGACCCAGAGAAGAUACCGAAUGGUUUAUUAUCGAAUCAGAGUGAACCAUCGAUACAACACACGUGAGAAGAAGAUCGUCCUGGACUACACACGAUAAAGACCAUAGAGGAACCGAAGGAAAUCGGUGAAUUAAAUGGAGGAAUGGAGGGACCUAUGGUUGGCCACGUGGUGGUUGACGUCCGAAAUCUCGAGCCACGUACGGCGAUGAUAACGCUUUAGAGAACCAACGGCGUGACUCAUCGGCCGCGUAUGCGAAACCGAAUCAGGCUGCACGAUAUUAAAAUCGUGCAACGUUUUGCAAUUCACACGGGUGCCCCGGCGACAGGAGACGCGUUUCACCGCCUCGUGGCUCGGCUCUGGUGCUAGAUCCAUCGCAUCUCGAGAGUCCUGCUAUCGUUUUCUAUCUGAAUUGGAGAUGUCGCGUCAAAGGAUUGGUCCGGCGUGUGUGGUCCACGCGGCCCCGUGUGGAACCGUCCCGUAAAAAAAUUCUUUUCGGCGGUGACACCAGCCAGGCAAUUGGCGUAUCAAAAAGUUCGCUUUGGAAAGAUCGGUAGAGGGGAGCACCAGUCAAAUGGUGGGGCAUCGCGCCUCUCGCAUGGUGGACGGAGCAAGAUGGCGGCCCGGGUUAAAGACACGUGAGAAUUGUGUUGGAGCAUCGCGACCCUGAAUAAUGUCCGCGGUGGCACGUGUAUCGACGCGCAAUUUUCAUUUCGACUCGACCUCUCGUCGCGACGUCUCGUUUUUCGUCGGCCACGAGCCGCCUUUACCGAGAGACGCACCAGUCGUCCACCGUUUCUUUUCGUCCGUUCGAAUGGCAACACCCAUGAUGUGUCUGACGUGCGUCGUUCGACGCGAUUCGACCCAAUCUGCCGAGUAACUACAUAGAACCAGCAACCUGGAAGACAGAAAAUUGGGAGGAUUCUUCUGGUGGAGAUGUUUCGCACUGCCGUUAACAAUGGAACAAAGAUCAACGUCAACGAGAUCAUGCAGUCGCUGGAACGGAUCGUCAAGGAUCCUGACAUCCAAGUUCGGUCGGACCUGGUGGAGCAACUUUCACAAGUGGCGAUCAUCUGCCAAGAAGCUCCACACCUCUUCGGGGACAUUCUUCACGAACAUCUCCUGGACAUGAUAAUAAAAUACUUGCAGGACGUGGAUAAUCAGGUACGACUGACGGCCCAAACGGCGGUGCUGGCGCUAAUGAAGAGGGGACUCCUCGACAACGAAACGAUCGAGACCAAAGUUUGUCCUGUAUUAGAAACCCUCUGCAAGAACGUCGACUCCCUCAACACGGGCGUAUCCCUCAUGAGCAAGAUGGCACCGCUCAUCGGCAAAGAGCUGACAGAAAAGAUUUUUCUGGACACGUACAUUACUCUCUGCAGAGACAAGGAGUUUUACGUAAGGAGGAUCUGCGUCACGCACUUCGGGGAGCUUUGCGCAGCUGUCGGGAAGAAAGCGAUUAAUCGGAAACUGUUCCCCAUAUUCGCCGACAUGUGCCAGGACACAGUGUGGGGCAUCAGGAAAGCAUGCGUGGACGUUAUGAUGCCGGUCGUGUGUUGCACGUCCCUCGUGCAUUGUCGAUUAGUAUGCGCGGAGCUACUGGCCACGCAUCUUAUAGACGAGUCGAGAUGGGUGCGAAUGUCUGCCUUCCAAAUCUUAGGACCAUUUAUAUCUACAUUCGCGAAACAGUUCACCGAAGUAACUUAUAACGAACACGGCGAGCUGGUGUUCACCAGCCAGCAAGAUUCUCGUUUCAGUAUAAGGUACUCGUACGAGGGUAUCUUCCCCAUGAAGUGCGCGAUACGGAGCCUCACGCUCGAUUCCGAGGACCUCAACUCUAAGGAGAACAACAACACGUCUGUGAUACUCCAACAACAAGCUUACGAGCAGAACGACGACGAGUCAGAGGAAGAUUACAUUUCAUACAUGAAAGCUUUAAGAUUGAAGAUACAGAAGGAACGUUCAAAGAAUGCGGAGCUCAAGGAAACUACAGAUGACACGGAGAAGUUCAGUCCAUUUUUAUACUACUAUAUAGCUCCCGACCUGCCACCAGACGACGAGCUCGUGGAGGCCGCGAAGAAGGCCGACGCACAGAAGAACAUGAACAGGAAGACGCAACACAACGCAGCGCAGUCGGACAAUGCGUCGAACGACGACAUUUGUUUAACCAUUGAGUUCCCCGUGGUCGAGUUCCCAGCAGUGAAAUACCCAGCAGACGGGUUCCCAUCCGACGAGUACUCGGCGGACGAGUGCUCCGAGGAGGAGCAGCCAGCGAAUGAGCCAUCCAAGGACGAGUUGCCGACGAGCGAACCUUGCGCGAACAAUUUCCAAGCAGCCGUCAACUGGAACGUGGAGGACAUCGUGCCACAGCAUCUGAUCGAUUCGUUCCUUUCGAUGGCGGAACCUGAAAAAGGCAGGGACAUGAGCGCCGAUCUUCUUCAUUAUUGCGCGUUCAGCUUCCCCGCGGUGGUACUCACGUUGGGCAAAGAGAACUGGCCUUAUCUUAGGCACGCGUACAAGUCGUUAGUCAGCGCGAAUCAGUAUAAAGUUAGGAGCACGUUAGCCUCGAGCAUACACGAGAUUGCGGCGAUACUGGGCCAGGAGCUCACCGCCACCGAUCUCAUGCCUAUCUACAACGCCUUCAUCAGAGACCUAGACGAGGUCAGAAUAGGCGUGCUCAAGCAUCUCGCAACAUUUUUGAAAAUACUCAAACCCGACGACGCGUGUCACUAUCUGCCGAGGCUGAAGGAGUUCCUCAAAACCGACAAUGUCUGGAACUGGAGGUUCAGGGAGGAGUUGGGCACCCAGCUGCUGGAGAUCGUGAAUCUGUUUGGACCGGCCGACGUGGAACGCUACAUGGUGCCUCUUUCUUUCGAGCUUCUGAUCGACAAAGUUGCCGCUGUGAGGCACGUUGCGCUUUCUUUGGUGACGCAAAUCGUGGCCCACCUGUCCGACAACGAGCGUCUCGUCUCGGCUCUGUUUCAAGAUCUCAGAUACAACCUAGGGGUCUAUGCUUACAAGUGGAUCCGACGACAGACGUUUGCAUUCGUCUGCGCCUACUUGAUAGCCAGCAACGCCAUCAGCGGGGACAGAUUCUCGCAGGAGAUGUUACCUAAUUUGUUGAAAUUGUCGACGGACAAGGUACCCAACGUGAGACUGGCUGUGGCGAGAACUCUCUCGAAAUACGUCGCACCCAUGGGACCCGAUUGGUUGGGGAUCGAGCAGGCGGAGGAAGUGGCGAUAAGGCUCAGAGAGAUGCGCUCAGAUCCAGAUCGAGACGUCCGAAUAUUCGCCGGCAGCGACGAGAUCCCUGUACUAGAAGUAACGUCGCAAACCGAAGAGGAACAGUGUAGGAACUCGAGUUAACGAAUACGAUAUCCAAGAGAAUCGAGUUCAAAUUUCUCCUGCCAUACGAAAUAAUUUUAUACUGUAUACUACUAUCAAGAGGAGGAGGAGGAGGAGACCGGGAGAGUAGUAGAAAUACGAAGAAGAAGAGCAGGAUAAAGAGGAAAAGGAGUAGUAAUAAGAGAAGGAAUAGUAGGUAGAGGAGGAGGAGGAGGAGGCGGAUGCCGUACGAGUGUUCUUCCGCGCGCUAAUUUUCCAUAAACGUAGAAGAAAAUUAAUCGAAAGAAGAAACGCAGCCAAUUUGCCGUCAAGUAGCAAACGAACCGGAUUUGCUACACAGUUUUUUCAAGCGAUAUAUCUAUGAUGUAAAAAUAAGCUCAGCCACGAAUAGACGAAAGAAACGGAAAGAGAGUGCGCCGUUUAAGUGCAGUCGAGACAGAACGAAAAUGUAAAUGCAACGCAACGUUGUCCACGACCAAGGGACCGACGUUUUCCGCGCCCUUUAGACUAAGAACAGAUUGCAAGUAUCAAUGGUCAAAAGACAUUACGCAAUUAUAUAAGAGUGUGUAUGCGUGUCUAAAAGGAGUUAACGUAUGGGUGUUUAAGUAUUCGCGAGUAUGUAUGCGUUUACCAUUGUGAUCAAUUUGUAUAUGUAAGUGGUCCCUUGGACAAGCCGGAUAUUACUAAUUGGAGACGCCGCAUCGACGGGAUCUCUUGUUCUUUUUGGGUGAACUGUCAUAGCACGAUCUCUUGGGCGUUUUGUCGUUUCUCUUAAGCGUUACCCGAACUUUUUUAAGGAAUUGAAAAAUAUUGAAAUCGCCCCUUCGGGGAAGGGUGUUUUACUUUUGUAACUUUGUAAGCGUGCGGUUUGGCUCAAGUUCUCGUGCUAUGACGUGUGAGAACUUGUGCGCAUCAUCGAUAAACGAAAGCUCCCUUACGUCGAGAAACCUCACCACCGUGUGGAACUCACGGUCGAUGAAAAUAAUAAAACGAGGAAAAAAAGGAAAUAAUAAGUAAAUACUUACGCCGCACGGUAUUGAGAUCAAUCGUAAUCGUGCGAUAUCACUGUGAUUUUUGUCUACGCGCGAACACACGGAACGAAUGUGCACCGUUUCAUGUAGAUAUGUAAACGUUUUAUAAUGUAAGCAUGAAUUUUCGCUGAAACUGCCCCUCCGCAUGAGUGUGGAGUUACACGUAAUCUGAAUCUAGGCGAACGGUUUCCGAGGAUCUUGAGUUUGGAAAAUUUUACAGCGAAUCGUCGAACCUCACGAGAAGAACACGUUUGUACGGUUUUCACAAUAAAAAAAGCUAGCUUGUAAGACAACGAAACGAGAGAAACUGAAUGCUGUUGAGUAAACGAUAUGUGUGAUAUGAGAUUUUACGAGUGUAGAAAACGUGCGGACCGUAGACAGAAGGAAACAGAGUGAUUCCGUUUAAGUGAACACACAAAAUUGUACAUUUACGAAACGACCGUUUACCCGCCAACGUUGUACGUUGAUACCGCAAAAUAUUCGCGAGUAACAAAAAAAGCCAGUCCUUGAUCGCUCAUAUUUUGUAACAAUUAUUAAGAGAACGGCGGUUUGCCGUGUCUAGUUAGUGAAAACGCGAUUAUUGGGUUACAGUAAACUUCCUGUAAGCAACGAAAACUCGUUACUCGUGAAUACGUUCGAAAGGAAAAGACGUUUUGUUUAAAAUAUCCUUUAAAAUAUAUUGUGUAUUUGGUAAUGAGACGAAAAAAAAAAUAAUCAUGCGAUUUGUUACACAA